CUUAUUGCAGUGGAUAUUCGUUUACUUUCUUAAAUCCUACCGAACGAAACCCAUAUUAGCAAAAUGGGCUCAAUAUUAAAGUGGGCCUUUCCUCUUUCCAGUCCUGUCCCUCUCCCCUCCACAUCUUCUCCUCGCUCUGAUCACUUCUCCUGAUUCCUCGCUUCUUCGAUCUUCACCGUCUUGGUAGCUAAGGAUGGCGCACUCUCUAAGCUUCAUCUCCACCAACUUGAACACUCUACUCCUCAACCAUCAUCAGUGUCGGAGUUUCGGUGCCUUUGUCUCUCCAUCUAAAUCUAAAACGAGAUUCGCGAGAACCAUUAGAGCUGUGCAAGAGACUCAAGGAGGUCCAAGAAGACUAAUCGACAUCAUCAGAACGGUUCCUGAUAUCUCCAGGAACUACUUCAAGAAGCCGUCAAGAAGAACCCUUUUCGGAGGGAUCUCGUUGUUAGGUGGGUUCUAUGUCGCGCAGACCAUCUCUCUCUCGUUUGGAGCCUUGGGAGUGAACGACGUUAUCGCUGCGGUUUUGUGCGUUCUUUUAACGGAGUAUGUGACGAGAUUCUACUACAGCCGCACCACCGUGACGUUCCCCAUCGCUCUUCUCAAUAAUUUCAAGAUGGGUUUCACUUAUGGUCUCUUCAUUGAUGCCUUCAAGCUCGCUAGCUAGUAGUGUAUGCUUUUGUAUAUAUAUAUUUUAAAGCUCCAUUUAGUGUUUUUAGUAGAUGUUUUCACAUUAGCUCAUGUUGUUUGUUUG